CCCUAGGAGACGGUUUCUUCGUCACUCUUCGCGUUUCCGCUAACCCAAACCCAUUCACUCGCACGUCCAACCCAAAUGCCAUGAAUCAGCGCAUGACCUUUCUCUCGUCUUCCUGUAGCUUCGUAAUACUACCAAAAAUCUUCCAUUUACCUCUCCGGACCACCCAAAAUUGAUCCAUUUCUCUUUUCAUUUAAGAUCCGCUGAAUUUUACACCCUGAUUUUGCUCCUAGUUUACGAUCUCCAUCCUCUCUUUCCUCCCAAAACAACUAAACCCUAUAUUUGUAUUCACCAUCUUCCUCCGGUGCUCCUGCCUUCUUUGUAUUCACGAGUUGUCGAGAAACCCUAGAUUUCAUUCUUCUCUUUUUUGUAUAAAAUUUCCUUUGCUAGACUUUAAUUUUGGCAACUUGCGAUUUCAUUCUUCACCAAACGCUAUAGCUUUUAGUCCCAUUGGUUUGGUAACUAUUGACGGUUAUAGUUCUUUUGUUGGUUUUCUUUUGGUAGUUUUUGCACAAAUUUUGGGUUUGAAUCGGCUAGUUAGUUAGAUUUACGGUUGUUGAUGAUGAAUAAUAAUAAUAGAGGGCGGUAUCCGCCGGGGAUAGGCGCCGGUAGAGGCGGAGUUAUGAACGCGAAUCCUAGUUUUCAGUCGAGGGUUCCGCAGCAGCAGUAUGUGCAGAGGAAUUUUAUGCAGAAUCACCAACAGUUUCAACACCAGCAACAUCAACAGCAGCAACAACAACAACAUCAGCAACAGCAGCAGUGGUUGAGGAGGAGCCAGUUGCCUCCUGCAGAUUCCAGUGUUGACGAGGUUGAGAAGACCGUUCAGUCUGAGGCCAUUGACUCAAGUUCGCAAGAUUGGAAGGCGAGGCUAAAUAUACCACCACCUGAUACACGCUACAAAACAGAGGAUGUGACAGCCACAAAAGGAAAUGAAUUUGAGGACUAUUUUCUGAAACGUGAAUUGCUUAUGGGAAUCUAUGAGAAGGGGUUUGAAAGACCAUCCCCUAUUCAGGAAGAAAGCAUACCAAUUGCUCUUACUGGUAGUGAUAUUCUGGCUAGAGCUAAAAAUGGCACUGGUAAAACAGCAGCCUUUUGCAUUCCUGCCUUGGAAAAAAUUGACCAAGAUAACAAUGUUAUUCAAGUUAUUAUACUUGUUCCAACAAGGGAGUUGGCUCUUCAGACAUCACAAGUUUGUAAGGAGCUUGGGAAGCAUUUGAAAAUUCAAGUAAUGGUCACCACUGGUGGUACAAGUCUAAAAGAUGAUAUCAUGCGUUUAUACCAACCAGUACAUUUACUUGUGGGUACUCCUGGAAGAAUACUAGAUCUUGCAAAGAAGGGUGUUUGCAUUUUGAAAGAUUGUUCGAUGCUUGUUAUGGAUGAGGCUGAUAAACUUUUGUCUCCAGAAUUUCAACCCUCUAUAGAGCAGCUGAUUCGCUUUCUUCCUCCAGCUCGUCAGAUUUUGAUGUUCUCAGCUACAUUUCCUGUUACUGUUAAGGAUUUCAAGGAUAGAUAUUUAAAAAAGCCUUAUAUUAUCAAUCUUAUGGAUGAGCUUACUCUCAAGGGUAUUACACAGUAUUAUGCUUUUGUUGAAGAACGGCAGAAAGUACACUGUCUAAACACUCUUUUCUCUAAGCUUCAAAUAAACCAAUCAAUCAUAUUCUGCAACUCUGUGAAUCGAGUAGAACUUUUGGCCAAGAAGAUCACAGAGCUCGGAUAUUCUUGUUUUUAUAUCCACGCAAAGAUGUUGCAAGACCAUCGUAACAGAGUGUUUCAUGACUUCCGCAAUGGUGCAUGCAGGAAUCUUGUUUGUACGGAUUUGUUUACCAGGGGUAUAGACAUCCAAGCAGUGAACGUAGUUAUUAAUUUUGAUUUCCCCAAGAAUUCUGAAACAUAUCUUCACAGGGUUGGUAGAUCAGGCAGGUUUGGACACCUUGGUUUGGCUGUGAAUUUGAUCACCUAUGAGGACCGCUUUAACUUGUAUAGGAUUGAGCAAGAGCUUGGGACUGAAAUUAAGCAAAUUCCUCCCCAUAUUGAUCAGGCAAUAUAUUGCCGGUGACCUGUGGUAGAUAUCUUGCCCUUUAUUCAACAAUGAUGAGUGGCAACAAUGGCUAGCAAUGGUGAGUAAUUGCAGUGGAGUGCAUACAUGGCAGAUUGUCAUUUCAGUGCUUUGAUGUUGGAUGUUCUAAUAUUUCAUUACUGUUGUCAUUUCAUGUCUUCUGGUUGUUCAUUUGCUAACUAGAGAGGUUCUGACACCAUCGUUUAAGUCCCAUUGCAUGUAAUCAUUUGGUGGUUUAGUACCUGUUUUGCAUCAAGUUUCAGGAGCCAAAAAGCACUUUUCAGAAAAAGUACCUAUUUUUUUGGUAUAAAGAAGUUUACGUCAGGGGAGGCUCCCUCAGUCGAGGGCAUACCACCAACCUCAUUGAGGAAUUGUAAUGGAGUUUACAAAUUGCCUCUUAAGAGGGACAGUUUAUAAGACUCUUAACUCUCAACUUAGUGGGAGCUUAUUGAAUUUUACUAUUUGAA